AUGAUGACGUCGGUUGAAAUCAUCGGCUUCGUUAGCGCCGUCGCCGACUUCCUCGACUUGGCCGCCGAGAACAUCACAGUCGCCCGGAGAUUCGGGAAUUCAGGCUCCACUACGACGAAGGCCGACGUCGACUUGGAGCGCCGCAUCAAGUUGCUCGACGAACAGAUCAAUGCCGUUCAUCUGAGCGGGCCGGAAUUCGCAAGGGAUGGUCACGAGGCCAAGCUGCUCACUCGCGUAGAUAAAUACCACGAUCUCACAGUGCGGCUCCUCUCGCUAUUGGAUGGAUUCAACUCGGCCAAAUAUGUCCUAGGAAAGGAGGCAAAACAGAGUUUGAUCGACGAAUUGAAAGAUUGGCGGUCAAAAAUUUAUCAUCGAAUAACAAAAGUAAUGAGACACGGUCUGAAACGCCUUCUUCGCCACAGAGGCAACCUAGAGUACAGCCUAAGGGCAGACCUAGAGGCCCUUUAG